AUGAAUUGGACUAAUGUGGUCAAAAGUGGAAGUAUGGUAAAGUCUGCGAUCGAUAAGAUGGCAGCAGGAGAGUCUAAGUACGAGAACGAGACACAGUUUCCGUUUUACAUGUUCGACCAGAAGGCAAGCGUGAAACCGUUCCCUGACAGAGUCGGAUUGGGUUACCUUCUAGGCUACCCAGCAGGAGAGAAUGGAGCACCAAAUUUGGUGUCACCGUUUGUGGAUACUAAUUGGAAAGAUCCUCAUGGAACGGACGGCUAUGCAUUCUACAUCGAUCAACCAUCGACACUGUUACCGUACACAUAUCACGUGAAAGCAUGGAACACAUAUCAGAAUAUGCACGUUUUUCUUCUUUGA